UCAAACAAGCAGCUGCUGUCACAACACAUUCAACUACUCUACUAUUCUGAUCCACUGUUGUAAUGAUGGAGUGUGUUAAAGAGGAGACUGAUCCUGAAUCAUUCACAAUAACACCUCAACAUACUCGACAACAAAGAGACUCUAUGGAAGAGAAUAAGGAGGAUGAAGAACACAAUGAAAGAAAGGAUCAAGAUCAGGACCACAAUUUUAUGACUGACAGCUGCUCAGAAACUGAUGAUAAUUCUCUUCAAGAAAGAGUUAAAGACAAACAUUUUUUUGAAUGCCAUCUUUGUGGUAAGACUUUCUUACAAAAAGGGAACCUCAUGUAUCAUCUAAAGAUUCACACUGGUGACAAGCCUUAUGCUUGCUCCCACUGUGAGAAGACUUACAUCAAAAAAAGUAGACUUGAGGAUCACAUGAGGAUUCACACAGGUGAGAGGCCUUUUGCUUGCCCUCAGUGUGAUAAACGUUUCAUUAGUAAAGCAAGACUUAAUGUUCACAUAAAUACUCACAGUACUGAAAGUCCAUACGUCUGCCCUCAAUGUGGAAAGACUUGCGCAUGUAAAGAAUAUCUUUAUAAUCAUAUAAUAACUCACAUUAAGACAAAGCAUUUCACAUGCCCUCAGUGUGAUAAGAGUUUUACACAACUGGGAUCUCUUAGGCAUCACAUACGAGUUCAUACAGGUGAGAGACCUUUCUCUUGCAAUCUGUGUAAUAAGAGUUUUAAACAAAAGGGAGCUCUUCAGUAUCACAUGGGAAUUCAUUCAGGUGAGAGGCCUUUCGCCUGCCAUCUGUGUGAUAAGAGGUACAUACAUGCAUAUAGUCUCAAACUUCAUCUGACGGUUCACUCAAAUGAAAAACCUUUUAGCUGCGAUCAGUGCGAUAAGAAGUUCGUUUUGGCAUCUGCGUUUAAAGCGCACCUAGAGACUCAUUCAGGUGAGAGGCCAUAUCUGUGUUCUGUUUGUGGGAAGGGUUUUCAAUCACACAGAAAUGUUAGGGUGCACCAGAAAAUACAUACAGGUGUGAGAAAUCAUGUGUGCUCUGUGUGUGAUAAAGCCUUUCUGAGAGCCUCAGACCUAAAGCGGCACCAAAAGAUCCAUAAAGAAAAAUCCUAAAAUUGCUCACAUUGUUGAAAGAGUUUUAUUGAGUUUGGGAAGCUGAUAAAACACAAGUGACUCACAGAGAAAAGUGCUGUCCACAAAGAGUGAACAAAGAUCAACUUCAGUCUUUAGGUCCAUGCACAUGGCAUGUUUCCAUCCAAAAGAAAACGUGACACAGUGCAUUCAGCUUGCUUUUGGGUGGAAAUGUAACCCCAUGAUGAGCUCUGGCCAAGUGUUCGCUCCAACUUUGGCAUGGAGCCAGUCCCGGUGGAAGAGGGGUAACCAUCUGCAUGGACCUAAUGACUUAAGUUGAUCUUUGGUCACUCUUUGGUCAUCAGUAACCGGAAUUGGGCAGGGUUAUAUUAUUAAACUGCUGCAUGUUAUCCUGUAUUACUUUGUGUGUUAUGAUGUUACGAUAAUAAUGCACACUCGAGGUGAGGUAUGGACUUUGAUUGGGCCAGUUAGAAAAAAGACCUAAAUCUCCUCAUGAUGGCUCUAUUCCGGUUUAUUGAGCGUAAUGAUGACUUUGUAGAUAAAGUGAAUCUUUUAUAUAGUUUGUUAACUGUACCUUUAAAUAAAU